AAGCUUUGGACAAUUGGCUUUGUUGACACACUGAAAGGCGGUAGAUGAAAAUUGUUUAUUGGUGUGAGAAGCAUGAUGUGUUUUUGUGAUUGAAGGAAUCUGAUGAAAGACAUGGACGAUUUUGUAGUAGUUCAAGUGGAAGAAAUAUUACACUCCAGAUGUUGUUAUCGUCUGGUCUGCUUGAGCCUGGUGAGGGCACUAUGGCCAUUGAAUACUUGGGACAGCGUUUCGUAGGAGAUCUCCUGCCUGAUGGUAAAAUUAAAUCCCAAGAAACUGAUAUAAUCUUUGCUUCUCCAAGUGCUUGGGCAAUCCAUUGUAAACGAAUUAUCAAUCCAGAUAAAAAAUCUGGUUGUGGUUGGGCAUCGGUUAAAUACAAAGGAAGAAAGUUGGAUGUCUAUAAAAACGCUUGGUUCAGGAAGAAAAAGGAAGAAGAACAGGAUAAAGAAAACAGAGAUACAGAUGACGAUGAAAUGGAGAAGGAAAAGCUCGUGUCAGUGCAGCGGAUUGUGAAACAUAAUGUGUUAGGAAUUCGUUCCAUCAAUCAUGAUCCAAACACGUUGGUUGAGAGCACAGCAUUUUCAAGCCUGGGGAAAAUUCAGCCAUUUCUGGUUUCCAUGUCUACUAAUGCUGUUCUUGUUAUGGACUUCCAUUGUCAUUUAACUACCUCAGAAGUUGUGGGAUAUUUAGGAGGUCAUUGGGAUGUGAACGCACAUAAUCUCGCAAUCACACAUGCGUUCCCCUGCAAAUGUCGCUUGGGAGACAGGGAAAUGGCACCACUUGUUGAAGCAGAUAUUUACCGUGCAAUGGAACAACGUCACCUUACGCUUGUGGGAUGGUAUCAUUCCCAUCCCUUCACAGCAGCCACACCAACACUACGGGAUAUAGAUGCUCAGUUGGAGUAUGAAAUAAAGAUGAAAGGAAACAGUGAUGCUAGUUACACACCAUGUGUUGGUGUCAUCUGCUCUCCAUACAAUAAAGACAACCAGUCUCUAGAGUCUGCUAUUGUGAGCUAUUGGGUGAUGCCGCCUCCAGAGAGCAAACCUCAUGAUUAUGGGAAGCCAAUGCUUAUGAGUUACAGUGUUGUGCAGGACCAGUUCCUAUCCCAAGAUGCACUUAAUGAAAUGAAACGUUGUGUUGACUUCUAUAGAAAUGAAAGUGACUUUAUAAGUUUCUCGGAAAGUUACAGAGGAAACAUUAGCUACCUUGAUAAGCUCAAGACAACAUUAUCAUCAAAAUUCCCACGUGAUCAAAGUGAUGGCAUCCUUUGGAGUUUCAUUUGUGACCUUGUGUGCCCUGGGGGAGGAGCUACAGAAAAUGGUCUUAGUUUUCUGAAUAAAUUAUUUGGCAGCCCAGAAAUUCAAAAUAGUAGUCCUGUCCCCUUGGAUAAAGUGAACCUCCUAGUUCCCAGCAUUCCAAUGGCAUCCUCGGCUAAAUCAUCACCUGUUAACUUGGCAGGUGGGAAUAUGAUGAUGAGUGCGGACAUUGCUGCUGCAUUAUUUGGAAGCGGAAAGUUUCCAUCGCCUACAUCUCUCAUGGGUUUAUCUGCAGAAGCUAGUAGGUCUUUAAUUGGAUCAAGUGGUAUUAGCAACAUGUUUAUGCCACCUUUGGGUUUUAAAAUGGAUAAUAUUAGUUUAUUGAAACCUCUUACAAACACAGUUUCUAAUCCAGUGGCAAGUACUUCAAAAGCUUCCAGUCCUGUAGCUUCCAGUCCUGUUUCAGACACUAGAAGUGCAUCACCAGCAAAGACACCACAGACUGAACCUGUAAAUCUGACAGCUGCAGAAAGUACUGAAAAAAAUUCUACAAUGAUAAACAUGGAAACAACAUGAAACUCCAUGUUUUAAUUUUAAUGUUGUAGUUAUUAUAGUAUUUUAAAACUGUAAUUUAUAUUUAACAUUUUCUAAGCAGUUCACUUUCCCAAGUGACAAUUUUCUAUUUUGUUGACGUGUGAUGAGGGAUAUAGAAUAUGGACCAUUUUGGAAUAGUGCAGGUAAUGUCUGUACAUUAUGUACAGGCUGGAUAAUAUGACUGGAAACACUUGUUUGAUUUUUGUAUUAUCGGAAUACACUUACUUUCAUUGAAGCAACAGAAAUUUCUGUGCAGACAUUUCUGGUUAAGGAGUUCUUCAUGUCUCAGAAUCUCCUUUUAGGGAUUGUGUGGAUAAACUGUGUGUUUAUUUUAGAAUUACUGGUAGGAGUCAGCCAGCAAAAGUGACAACCUGAGUAUUACAGAUAUGUUAAAACAGGGCUGAGAAUUGAGCACAGUCCCUUGUGCUUUACAGGCAGUGCUCUUUCUUGUGGAAUCAAAGCACUUGACACACAUCAUCUCAGUAAGUCAGUAUGACACUGUGUCUCUCCUUUCUCACCAUAUCCAUAUUGGUCUUCGUUUCCUUUUACUGCCAUUGACAACGAGAAACAUUUUACUGAAACAAAUGUACAGUAAUAUUUUUAUUAUACAGUGCCUUUUACGUUCAUGUUGUGUAAUACAUAUGUGAUAAAACUGAAUGGCUGAUGUAAGUUUUGAAAGGCAUUAUGAGGGAAAAAUAUGAAUUUACUUAUGUAGGUUAUGUAAUAGUGACAUUAAUGUCAUGGGGUUCUUAAAAAUUUUGUCUUCAUUGUUGUAAAUAAAAAAUUCUUUGCUCUGAAUAGGAUAUUGAAACUGGUGAUGUAAUAUUUAUAGUGGGUCAGUAUCGGUAAGUGUCUUAUUUUGAUUUUCUGAGCUGUAAAAUCAUAUGUACUCUCUGAUGCAUUUGAUGAUUUACCAGUACCAAAGUGAUGGACAGUACAGGAUGAAUGUAUCCCAGCUAGUUGGAAAAGUUGCUGUUAUGGAUCUUCUGGCUCUGUACACUAAAUUAUACAUGGCUUAAUUUUGCCUGAGAUUAUUUUAGAAAAUUUGAGUGUGUCCUGAGAUGCUACAAGUGUUGUUGUGUAAAGUUAAUACUGAUCCCUUUGAGUAGAUAUGAUGAUGCUAUAAUUUUUUAAACAUUGGACCUGGCUUUAUACUUUUUGGUGUAUGUUGUUUUUCAGGCGUUGGAAAAUCCAGGAUGGAAUGUAACAAUAUUAUUUUUUCAUAAUUUUCAUAAUAUUGUUAUUUCAGACAUCGUUUCAUCUCUGUACCUAGCUUAUUUCAGACAUCGUUUCAUCUCUGUACCUAGCAGCAGACUCAUUCUGCUAUAUUCUAGAAACAGUGGAAAUAUCCGUUGUAACUAAAGUAAUUUCCUACUUCUUAACAACAUUGUACCAUUUUAGACUUGUAUUAUUUAGUCUUGUACUAUUCAACACAAUUUUUCCUGCCUGUGAUCAAGACCUUAAAUUAGUUGCUUUGUGAAUCUGAAUAAUGUAGUCUUCUGCUCUUUUCCUUUGCUUUAUGCAACUUAUACCUCACAUAAUUAGUUCUGAGAAUAGUAAGAAAACUUAAAGUAAUAUAUCCUCCAAUAUUAAGCACUUGUAAAGGUGUGGGAUGAGUAUAAGACAUCUUGAAGUGUGGAAGUUUAGCACAUCACUGAAAAUAUGCCAACAUUACUUGGAAAACUGUGAAUGAAUAAAAAGAUGUGCAUCCAAAAUAUUAAAAAUCAUACAGUUACUAAGCCACAUAGAUAACAGCAAUUGACAAGUCUGUUGUAAAUAGACCUGGAUAAAUUAUUGCAAGAUAGCAAAGAAAAUUUAAUGAUAAUUCAACAUAUUACAGAAAUAAGUUGCAUUUACAUAACAGGCCCAUUUGUGGGAUACCAUUGGUUAAGGUAUAGGUUGCAUUACUAAAAUCACAAAUUUAACAGUUUCUUUAAACAAAAUUUUAUCAGGAAUAUAUUAACUAUUACAGAAAAAAUCCUUUUAUAUGUUAAGCGGGAGAGGGGAGGGAGCACCUAUAUGGAACACAAUCAUUCUUUAUAUCUCUCUUUAGCUUGAAUAACAGCCUCCAUACUGAAGAAAUGUGGGGGCAUCUCAUAAGUCUUGCUAGGCCCAACUCUAAGCAUGUGAAGAAUGGCAGGAAAUUUUGUUCUGGCAACAGUUGGGAUGUUCUCCGGCUCAUGUGAAAGCCAGUGGUCAUUUCUCCUGUUGAUUUUUGUAUCAACCAUGAAAUCUCCUUGGAAAAGAGUCUGAUUUGCUCCACUUCAUUAAUUUCCAAUGAACACAGAAGAAAACUGCAGCAGCCGACUUGUUUUGCCCUAUCAGUCUUGAAAAGCACGUCUUUACUUUCCGUGUUUGGAGUUUAUUUUGAAUGUCCUCAUUGACAAUUCUACUUGUUGUUGGUCCACUUACACCAUUAACGAUUGCCAGUGAUCACAAUAAAUGCCUGGGAUUCUCUAAAAUCUGCAUUUGACCUCUCAAAAACUGCAAGAGUUCUCACAGUGCAGACUUUCAAAUGGCACUCCCUUGCCGGUACACGGAAAUAUUUGUUUAAGUGAUGUCGAGGCAGAUAUUUUGUAGCAAUAUCGUGAAUGGUGUCUUUCCAUUAAUUAAAGAAGUGAAUUAUACCUGCGGCUGAGAGACCAAUUUUGAAGGCCUUUUGCAGUCGAGCUUUUUUUAAAGUCAGAUACAGUACUUUCUUUCAAGAACUCGGGCAUUAUGAGAUUCGGACUGGUUACUAAAAACAGUUGGAGGUGACCUCUGGUGGAAGCAGGGUAGGAUGUUUAAAUUUGUCCAAAUUUUGGUCAUGCACCCUGCAGAAGUCAGAAAUGUGAGUUCAAGGAUUACGUGCUAGAAGUUAAAACAUAAAACAAUAACUGUGGUAACAUCAUCUGAGGAAUAAGCUGUAACACAAAUAAUAGCUUGAAAAAAUGAAAGUUGGUGUACAACAGUAUUAAUGUGAAAUAAUGACAGUGUUGUCCUAAGUUAGCAUUGCCUGUAUGGGUGCAUCCUUUUUCAGCAGACACCACUCAGAUCUUUUUAUAAGUACAAUUACAUGAGCAGUAUUAGAAAGAAGGAAAUUUUGGAGCUCGAAAAGGCUGUUACACAUAUUAUUUUUGGCACUUUAGUUGAAGAUUAACUUUUACAUUUUCUCAAAAGCAAUUGUUUUGUUUGUAAAUGAUGUGUCGACAGAAGUGCCGACACAGUGUGAUUUGAGGGGACCGCAAUGCACACUAUAAACACACGAAGGAUGGCGUGAGGUCUGAAACGGGAUACGUAAUGAAUGCUAUAAAGAAAAGUAAGUAGCUUUCGGAAUACUUAACUUUAAUCCAUCCUUGUUGUAUACAUCGUUCUUGAUGAGACAUGCUUUAUACUAUAAGUAUCAAUUGCUAUGUAAGGCUAAUGGCGCCUUGCUAGGUCGUAGCCAUGGACUUAGCUGAAGGCUAUUCUAACUAUCUGCUCGGCAAAGGAGCGAGGCUUCAUCAGUGUAGUCGCUAGCAAAGUCGUCCGUACAAUUGGGGCGAGUGCUAGUCCGUAUCUCGAGACCUGCCUUGUGGUGGCGCUCGGUCUGCGAUCACACAGUGGCGACACGCGGGUCCGACAUGUACUAAUGGACCGUGGCCGAUUUAAAACUACCACCUAGCAAGUGUGGUGUCUGGCAGUGACACCACAGUAAAUCCAUAACAUGUGCCUAUCUGAAACUAUGUGAAUGCAUGAAACAUUUGUUUGAAAAGAUUUCUUUAUAAUGUAAGUGGCAGCAGAAAGGUUUUCCUUUCAUGUGCCAAAAACAGCUGAUUAGUGGUGACAGUGAGCAUUUUGAUUUUUUCCCCCCCUUCCACUUGCACAUGUCAACUUACUGGAUGUUUUAGGCAGCUUAACUAUGAUGCCCACACCUAGUUAUCACACUACAAAUGUAAAACUUGCGAAAGUAGAGACUGAACAAGAUGAUUUCAGCAGCCGAGUCACUGGACUGAGGAGUGUGGUUUAAAUCGCUGCAUUCCAUCAUGACCUCAAUGUUCAGAUAAUAAGUUGGUGAAUUUCAACUGUCCUGUAGUGUGUGAGAAUUGGUCAAUUCCCAGUUGAACACUAAAAUUGUUUUCUAGGUAUCGUUCUUGUAUAGGUGUUUUCUCUUGUCAGUGUGAAGAUCGUGUGAACUGUCUCAUUUAAGUUGCUACAAGUAAACAACAGGCUGGGGACGGCUAUACAAUAUGAUAUAUGAACUCGUUGCUUUCUUGAUAUGGCUUACAAAAAUUCUCUUUUGUCCAUCUUACUUUCUCUGGCAUCUGGUUCAUUCCAUUGCUGCAGAACAAAACUAAUUCUUCCUUUUAUUCUGUAUGUCAGUGUCUGUCUGUUCAUUGUAUUAGGGAAGUUGUGAAGAAAACUGACUAAGGAUAAUCAUAUUUUAAAACUGAAGUGACCAAAUAUUUUUCCUGUAAGUGACAUUUUAUUGUGUUGAAUGAUAUCCAGCAAAUAAAUGGUCAGUUAAUUUAACUCUCAUCACUCUUGCCGUAGUCAGUUCUCUAUUCUGAUGAUUGUACAAGCAUUGUAGACCUUUGAUGCCUUUUUUACCAGUUGUAUUAUUAAUUGUUUCAUACAGUAAGUUGUGUGCAGUUAAGGAACAUUAUUUAGAUUUUUGAGCCUAUUUAAUAAACCCACAUAUUUUAUUUCUGGAUCUUCAGCCAAUGUUUAUUAGCAAUUUUUCUGACGUUAUGUCAGCAUGAGUGGGUGGAAUUGUUUGAAGUUCACCCUCCGUUUGUGGUGGCUGACAGGAGUUGAGCCCUCUUCCGUAGAUUUAUAUGUCUGUCGUAAAAAUGUGUGAGGGCUCUUCUCUGGUGAGUACUGAUGUGGUCAGAAAAAUUGUUGAACUAACAUUGGUCAGAAUUUUGAGGCAGAAGCCAAGAGGCAUCAAUAAGUGACCAUGAAAGCCUCAACAGUUUUGUACAAAUCAGCUGUUAAGAUUUGUUUUAAAGUAAGCACACAUGAUUAAAUCUCAUAUGAUCAUGAUCUCUUAUUCACCUCUCUUAUUUCUUCAGUAUCUGACUGUAAAAGUUAGCAUAUAAUCUUCCAAUGGUGUACAUGUUUCUGUCUGGUUACGUUUAUGAUACUGUUUGGUAUUUGCUUGUGUGCUACCUUAUAAGGGGCUGUUUGCGUAUAAUUUUGAAAAUGUAAUUGUUUUAAUACCUACAUAAAAUAUUUUGCUAUUUUUUCAUCUUUCCUUCUCAAUUUCUUAAUGACACACUGUAUUACCAUUUUAAAAAAAUCUGGGAAGCAAGUGUGUCUGUAGUAGUAGUUCUUAUGAUCAGUUCAUUGAAAGUUUUUGCCACAUAAAAUAUCAGGUGCUGUUAGCAUGCUGUAUCAAAUAUUUCACAGCUGCUGUUGUUUUGUCAUUAUACUUUACUGCUAGACUGUCCUGAAAGUUUGCUUUGUCUUCAAAAUAAUUGGCAGGGCAAAUGAAACAAAAUACUUGACAUUGUAUUGGUUUCAAGAGAAAAUUCCUGUUGUGUGUGCCUGUCAAUUCAAUUAGAAAUGCAAGAUCUCAUACCCACUGAGAAUCCUCAAACUCUUUUACCAUCUCCUCACCCUUUUAUUUUUUUUUAAUAUCCAUGAAUAGUGUUAUGUUUUCACUUAUGUUUCGAAUACAGAUUGACACAGAAGUCUGUUAACAUUUGAAAAUUCAGUUCUUCACAGUAAAAACUGACAUACAUGCUUGAAAUGACAAAGUGUUUUAUUGAAACAAAAGAAUGUGCACAAAAUGACCAACAGGGUGCUUCAUAUGUUACAAAAGCAGUAAUUAACAUAACAGUUUGUUUUUAGCAAAUAUAGUGUUCAUUAUAACAAAUGAUCAACAUGUUGGUUGUCUUCAUCAGCAAUACCUGUAUUUGAGGGACAAUGUUGUGAACAACACUGCUCAGCCUAUCUUUAGGUAGGUUAGAAAUUUCUGUUAGAUCUUGUCUUUUAGCAUCCCUUAUGAGGUCAGGUGAUCACGAUGGCCUUGCGACUUCCAGUUAACUCCACCACCACUGAUCUCACAGGUUGAAGUCUGGGAACCUGAGAGGCCAAGCAUGGUGGAAGUGGUGGCUCAUCAUGCAAUCUUCAUCAAAUUGUGUGCCCAAGAAAUCUUUCAGGCAUGUAGCAAUGUGGGUUGGAGUGCCUUCCAGCAGGUAUUUAUCAGCCAGGCUAGGGACGGUGCAAUUUCAUAACGUAUUGGUGUACCUUGCACCUGUCAUGCUGACAGUUUGAAAAGUAGCACUCUGCAUUUCCUUGAAGGAAAAGCGUCCAAUCACAAUUGAUGUAAAUACACCCUCACGACAACUUUCUCAUCAUCCUAUGGGGUUUCCACAAUGGUUCUAGGAUUUUUGGUUGCCCAAAUUAUGCAGUUAUGGGUGUUUUUGUCCUUUUGAAGAGGAAGUAUUUCGGAAAGAGGAAUUUCCACCAGGCAUAAAAUUGUUGUGGCAGUUACAAAGCAUUGUUUCACAGACGCAAGGAUACAUGACUUUCACUAUCUUGAGAGGUACGUGAUAACUCAGUUUUGUUGCAGCACUAUUAUGCACUACAUGAUUUUCAUCCUUGUAGUGCGUCACCGGGAAGAGUUAGAAGUCGAGGAAAAAAAACACAUGAUGUGUAAUCAGUAAUAGUAAUAAUUUUAAAAAUUAUUCUUACCUCUUUAUCUCUGUUCUGUCUUAUCCAAGAAGUUUGGCUUUCCUUUUUGUACUAUUCAAAUUGAUGACAAUGUUCUCAUGAAACAACUGGAAAUGUCAUUUUGCAUUAAUUAUACUUAUUCAACACCUAUAAUUUUAUAUCACAAAACUGAGUGCCAGUUUGUUUAUCAAUGAAAAAAGUAAUUUUCUUCCUAAUGUGAGUUGAAGCAUAAGGAUUCAUUAAGAUUUUCAGUUUGAGCAUCUUAACUGCAGCCAUUUUUUUCUCACUAAUUUUGUCUUGUUACUACAAAUAAGACCUCAGCAUAGACAAUUAUGUCACAAAAAGUCAGUAAGUAAUGUUGCCGUGUGUGUGUUGGUUUGAAAAGAUAGUUGCAAGAAUGGAUAGGAAGCUUGGGGGGGGGGGGGGGGGGGGGC